CCCGCCCCUCGACACGUGCGUCCCCGCCCCGUCCCCGCCCCGUCCUCGCGGGUGGCGGCGGGCGGAAGCGCGGGGCGCGUGGCGGCGCGGGAUGGACCCGCCGGCCAAGGAGGGGCCGCUGCUGGUGCAGCACAGCUACAAGUUCGGCACUAAGAGGUGGAAGCGGAGCUGGUUCGUGCUGUACCCGGCCAGCCAGCACGGCGUCGCCCGCCUGGAGUUCUUUGACUGCAAGGAGCCGGCGCUGCCGGCCGAGCGGCUGGGCACCCGGCGGCUGGACAAGACGGUGGUGCGGCUGGCGGACUGCACCAGCGUGGGGCCCGUGCCUGAGAGCGGCCCCCGCGCCGGCACCGCCGUCUUCCGCCUGGAGACCAGCGGCCGGAGCUACCUCUUGGCGGCCGAGAAGCAGCAGAGCGAGGAGUGGGUGGCGAAGCUGUGCGAGAUCGCCUUCCCGGGAAACAGCCCUGGUGAUGCUGGUGUGGCAGCCCGGCAUGGCAAAGAGGGUGGCAGGGAGGUGCCAGCCCUGGAGAUGGCCGUGAACUCCAUCUACUACUCGAGAGACGAAGUGAAUGCCUUCUGGGUGACAGUGCAACGGACAGAGGCUGCGGAGAGAUGCGAGCUGCGUGGCACCUACGUGCUCAAGGCUGAACGUGACAGCCUUGUCCUGAAGGACCCGCGGACAAAUGGGAUCCUCUAUGUCUGGCCCUACCGGCUGCUCCGGAGAUACGGCCGGGACAAGGUGAUGUUCUCCUUCGAAGCUGGCAGGCGCUGUGACUCCGGCCCAGGGAACUUCACCUUUGAGACCAAGCAGGGCAAUGAGAUCUUCCGCCUGGUGGAAGCCUCCAUCCGGGAGCAAAAAGCGCAGGUGGAGGAAAACCGGCAAAGCUGUGACUCGCUGGAUUCAGACAGCCCUGGUGUGGUGCUGAUCCACCAGGCCCUGGCUGACGCUCUGAGCCUGGAGCUGCCUGCGGAGGGGGAUGAUACCGUGGCACCCAAGGCGGGGCUGGCGCCAAGGCCCAGUGCAGCGGCAGAGGAGAGAGACACCGUGUCUAUGCUGAAAACCCGGACUCUGCCAGAGCUCCCUGUGCCGCAGGCCAAGCCCACAGUGUCGAGCACGCCCCCCCGGUCCCCUCUGCCGAAGGUGCCCCACACCGUGCUGCCAGCUGAGGACCUAUCCAGUGUGUACUCGGAGCCCCUGGACUCAGUGAAGGGCUUUCGGCCCUGGCCAGACUCGCUGUACUCAGACCCUGUUGACAGCAAGCCUGCUGGUGGGGCCAGGGUGCCCGGCGGUGCCUCGGAUGAGCUGAAGCUCCGGCCGCUGGUGCCUCUGUACUCUGGCACGUACAAACAGGUGCGGGCUGAGGAGCGCAGCCAGCCCCCUGCUGUGCCCAGGCAGAGGGAGCACAUCUAUGACGAGCCUGAGGGCUGUGCUUCCCGCUUGCUGCCCUCCACCACCUGCAUCUACGAUGAAGCACGGCCCAUGGGUGAGGCCUGGCGCACUCAGGGCCACGACGGCAGGAGCGGCUACGAGUAUCCCUACAACCCCAGCACUGAUGACUACUCAGUACCUGCCUUCCAGGCCAAGGCCAAGGGCCCCAAGCCAGUGCCUGCCCCCAAGCCGCAGGCAGCCCUUAUCCCUAAAGGUGCUGAGAGGAGCAGGGACCCUGGCAAGCGGUGGGGGAAUGCCGCUCCCGAGAAGGCGGCCGUCAAACCGAGGCUUAAUAGCAGCAACAACAACAACAAUGUGGAGGUGCUGUACAGCCAGGUGGCAAAGCCGCAGUACAUGCAGAAGAAGGAGCAGUCUGUGGAUGAGUGCAGCUUGUCGCCCGUCUACGAGGACUUGGGAGAGAUAUAACGUGCUGCUCUCUGUCUGUCUGGGGGACCCAGGCCCGUUUGUGAGCAGUGCUGGCUGCUGUCCUCCGUGGGUCAUGGGCAUGGCUUGGGGCUGUUCUGGGUCAGGCAGAGCCCCUUUUGGCUUGCCAGCACCAAAGGGCUGCAUUUCCCAGGAGGCCCCUUCCACAGCAAGAGCAAGAGAGCUGUGGCUGGCGCAGCUGCCAGCAUGCUUCUCCGGCUCUGGAGCUGGCUCCGCUGCCACCUCCUGAUCCGCAGGAGGGCUGGCUGUGUCGCCCUGUGGCUGCUGCUCUGGCUCCCUCUGACCAGGCUGCAGGGCUGGGGUGCCUGUUGCGGUGCGUGGAAGACUGCUUGCCAUCAGUCUCCAAAAGUAUUUUUAUACCACAUUAUUUUAAUAUUAAAACCUGUAUGUGUCAGAAUGAAA